AUGUAGAAAUUAAUACUUUCAACUUUAUUGUUGUGUAUUUUAAUAUUCCUUGAUUAUGCAUAUGGAUAGAUGACAUUUGAUUUAAGUGAUUCAAUAACAGAAUAUAUGUAAUAGUAAUUUGAUUAUGGAGAUGAAAAUGGAUUAGUAGGUAAAAUAGAAUAGAUAAAUUAUAAUUAGAAAGUUUCUUACUUAUAUUUUAUGUUUUAGGAGGUCGAUAAUUUAUGGGAUUAUUAUUUAUAAUUCUUUGGUUGAAAUCAGGAUGGAAAGAGUAAAUCUUAAAAUUAAUUACUAUAUAUUCCAUUACUGCUUUUCUUGGACAUUUUAUUAAAUUGAUCUUAGUUUAACCUAGACCUUUUUAUGAAGAAUCUGAUGUUCGAUUAGAUUUUUGUUAAAAGGGUUAUGGAGAUCCUAGUGAUAAUGCUUUAAAAUCUAUUGUUUUUUAUGUAAUUGUAUCAGAAACUUUAUUAUUUAAAAAAUAUAAAGUUUAGCCAAAUGAUUUAGGUGUUCUUAGUUCAAUUAAUUAAGAUAGAAAACUACAAUAUCAAUAUAAGCAAUUGUCAAAGUAUUAUAAUUUUUAUAUUUAAAAAGUCAUGAUCUUUAUACAUAACUCUAUCCAAAUUCAAUGUUUAGUUAUAAUUAGUAUAAAUUUAUGUUGGCUUCCUUUUUAUUUAUUACAGGUAUAUCCAAUUCAUAUUUUGGCUUGAAUUAUCUAAGUUAGGUAAUAAUGGGAUGGAUUAUAGGUGGAUAUAUACUAUAUAUAUAUUAUUAUUGUGAAUUCGAAAAAUUAAUAGAAAGACUAUUUUAAUAUGCAAUCUAUAAUCAAUAAGAUUAAAUUAAUAAUAAACUUCGUCAUUUAGGAAAAUUGGCUCUUUGUUUAACAUUUCCAUUAUUAAUUUCAAUUUUACUAUAUAUUAUAAGAACUAAUGAUACAGAAUUGAUUGAGUAAUAAUAAGAAUGGGGUUAAGUUUUUAAAGGACAUUCAAAAUGUGAAAAAUAAUUUUAUCGUUUCAAGAUGUCAUUUGAAAAACAGGAAAUGGUUGGAACAUGUAUUAUCUUUUUACCCUUCUAUCUUUACUUAUGCUGUUAUUUUACUCCAGGCUAAUAUAAACCUGAAUAAUACAAUCAUUAAACAUUUACAUUAAAAGGUUUUGUUAGAGUUUUGAUACUUUUUGGUCUACUCAUAUCAUAAAUAGCUAUUCACAUUUUGAUAAGAUAAGUAGUAAUGAAUAACGAUAUGAACAUCAAUAUUACAUAUUUAAUAAUUGGUUAAUUAUUUUUAGAAUUAUAUUUCUCCUUAUUUUUGAUAACACUAUUGCCUUUGCUAUAUAAAUUAUGUAAAGCAGAUAUUGAUGGAGACUUUUUAAGAAAAAUUAACUAAAUCGAAAUGCAAGAAAUGGAGUUGUGA